AUGCGCGUCCUCGCUAUUACUACUAUCUUUACCAUUCUUGCGGCUCUCUUUGUCUCGAUCCGGCUUUGGACACGAUUCAAGCUGGUGCGAAGUCCUGGGCUGGAUGAUCUAUUUAUCUUUGCAGCUUUGCUAUGUUCAUUUGCAUUCUACGGAUUCAUGCUAGCCGAGCGACACUAUGGCCUUGGAGUCUCCAGACAUCAAUUAUCAGAUGAUGUUGUCGAAAACCAGAUGCACUACCUGUGGUUCUCAGUCCCAUUCUACAAUCUAUCCCUAAUCCUUUCCAAACUCUCCGCCCUAUUCCUCUUUCUCCGCAUCUUCCGCCUAAAACCCUUCAUCCUCGUCACAUACGCCCUCAUGGGCUUUCUCGUCAUAGCAGGCCUGUGGAUGGUAAUAAGCGGCUUCGUCUUCUGCAUCCCAGUUUCAGAUUUCUGGCGGGCUCCACCACCAGUUGCCGUCAAGCACUGUCUACCAAAGGGACCAGUCUGGUAUUCCAACGCCGCGAUGCAGAUCUUUUCUGAUGUCGUGAUCCUCAUUCUUCCUAUGCCGCUAUUGUAUAAACUGCAAUUACCACGGCCACAGAAGAUUGGGAUCAUGUUGGUAUUUGGCGUUGGGGUUUUUGUAAUAGCGACAAGCUCCGCCCGCCUCUACGAGCUAAGUACCAUGGUAAACGGCCGCGACUUCACAAAGACAAAUGCCGCAGCAGCCGUCUGGUCCAGUCUCGAAUCAAACGUCUCAAUAAUUUGCGCCUGCAUGGCCCCCCUCCACCCUUUCAUCUCAGGCAUCUUCUCCUACUUCUUCCGUCCUCAACCACUCCACUCAACGCCCUGGUCAAAAACACACUCGAACGCGACAUGUGUCGCUGACUCCCGGAAGCGAUCUAUAUACGACCACGGACUCAGUUCGGAAGGCGGGAUCUUCUCGAAUGAUUUCUUCUAUGCGGGCCCUGGUGGGUAUACGGCUAGUAUCUCGAAGCUGGCAGAUAGUGAGAAGGAUGAGAAGGGGAAUGAGUGUGAGGGUCAGGAAGGAAUUAGGGUUGUGAGAGAGUUGAGAAUGGUUUCGGAUUCGGUUAUGCCUAGCCCAAAGCUUAGUCCGAGACUUUUGGCGGCUGAUGCUGAGAGGGAUAUUGAGUUGGGUGAGAUUUCUGCGUCGGCGUCUGGGUCUGGAUCUGCAGGUACUGGUGCUGGUGCUGGCGCUGGCCAAGGGACUUGGAACCCUAGUAUCGAGUGGGAUUUGGGGGAUUUCGAGUUCCCGGAUUAUAAGGAGAGGAUGAAUGCUCCUAUCUAG